AAGAAAUAUAACACAUUAUUAUUAUCAAUCAAGCCAAGAAAUGGGUUAUGGCCGGUUCGGACCAGUUCUAGCCAUGGGCAUAGUUUUGAUGAUAAUUGUAUCGAUCCCGGUCUCAGCUCAGCGCCCAACCCCAAGCCAGUGCUCUCGAGAGAGACAACAAGGCAUUGACUCUUGUAAGGAAGUGAUUUUUGGGCAGUCUCCUUCUGCCGCCUGUUGUAAGGUCAUAAGAACUAGUCAUUUUGAAUGUGCCUGUCCCGUCAUCGAUGCUAAGUUGGCGGCUCUUCUCGAUGUCAAGAAGGUGUCAAAGAUCCUAAGCGACUGCGGAAGAGCUGUCCCACGUAGAUUCAAGUGUGGAAGUUUAUACUUUCCAUGAAGAUAAAUUGGAUGAUGAAGGCUUGGGGGUUGGUUGUAACUUGUGCGGGGGAGAGAAUGAGAUAUUAUUUAUAAGUUUGAAUGUCUAAUAAAGAAAUUUGAGAUCUUGUGUUCUAUUUUUACUUAUUUUUCUUAUUGUUCUUAUUUAUAAUAUGAUAAUUUCAUUACAAA